GCCUCAACUCGAUACGUCGGCCGGUGCGCUACGAGCCGUUGUGAGUAGCAUUUGAAAAACACCAAUUCACGUUGCGCAAGCAGCAAUUCCGAUGCACUAUACGCUCCGGCCAAAUCAAGCAGUCCGAGCUCAUUUUUCCGACGAUGCGGUUUAGUCCGAGACGUCUGACCACGAUGACAGACUUUAUACGAGAUACGGCCAGAGGCCCACUGGAUGUCUAUCGCAAAAAAGCCAGUUUCGACUGGAAAUUAUUGAAAUUACAUUUGGAGGGCGAGGAUACCAUUCGAUUUCAAAAUAAGAUGUGGGAUUUCAUGGAAAAAAGUCCAGCGUUCGAGCAGCCAACCAAAUCGUUGACGUUAGACGAAUCGAGAAGAAGAGCCAACGCGCAAAUAAAGGCUAUAGUAGAAAAUGACGUUUUGCCUAGUGAAAGACGAGAAUGGUUCAACUAUUUGUUUUAUUAUGACCCUUCGGCACCCAUCAAAAUGGGCGUCAUUUACGGGAUGGUACCGAGUGUCUUGAUCUCUUUGGGCACUGAACGACAUCUCGAUUACCUCGAGGACAUGGCCAAAGGACAAUUCGCCGGGUGCUUUGCUUUGACCGAAAUCGCGCACGGUACCAAUGCUAAGGGUAUGCGAACAGAAGCCAGGUACGAUCCGAAAACUCAAACUUUCAUAUUGCAUACUCCUGACUUUGAAGCGGCCAAGUGUUGGGUUGGUGGUCUAGGCAAAACUGCAACGCACGCUAUCGUUUAUGCUCAGCUGAUAACUCCAGAUGGUAAAAAUCAUGGACUGCAUCCUUUCGUCGUUAAAGUCCGCGAGCCCAGCACACAUCUACCCCCAAAAGGUGUGACAGUUGGAGAUUUGGGAGAAAAAAUAGCAUUGAAUGGAGUUGACAAUGGUUUCGUUUUGUUCAACCAUUACCAUAUUCCGAGGACGGCUCUGCUCAACAAGACAGCAGACGUGACACCCGACGGAAAAUACCUAGCUGCUAUCAAAGAUCAGAGCAAACGAUUCGGUGCCUCGUUAGGAGCAUUGUCGGCUGGUCGCGUGACCAUUACUUCCAUGUGUUCGAUGUACACCUCCUUAGCUGUGAUUAUUGCUGUCAGAUAUUGCGCUUCCAGAAAACAAUUUGGGCCAAAUCCUCAAGAAGAAUGGCCUGUUAUCGAGUAUCAAGUUCAGCAAGGUAGACUGAUACCACAUGUAGCUGAUGCCUACGCAAUGAAGAUAUUCUCCACGAACUUCAUGAUGACAUUCCAGAAGUUCCAAGAUCUUUUAUUAUCAGGCAAUAGCAAUGAUACAAUGGCAUCGAUGGGUAUGGAAAUUCACGCGCUAUCUUCAGCUGCGAAACCACUUUGCGCGUGGACUGGUAGUGCAGCGAUACAAGAUUGCCGUGAAUCUUGCGGUGGGCAUGGAUAUUUAAAAGUUUCUAGAAUAGGUACUCUAAGGCAAGAACACGAUGCUAACUGUACUUACGAAGGAGAAAGUAACGUACUUAUUCAACAAUGUAGUAAUUGGUUAUUGAACCAGUAUUUGGCAGUUCUCAAAGGUAAAAAAGUAGCGUCGCCACUUGCAACAAUUAAUUUUUUAGAGGACGUGAAUCACAUUCUGAAGCUAAAGUUUAGCUAUCAAACUGUCGAUGAAGCAAUGGGACCAGAAAAUUUGUUAAUCUGCUUGAAAUGGCUCAUAUGUUAUUACAUGAAAAAAACUUACGAAGUUGUACAAUCAUUAAAGGAAAAGGGAUGUAGUGACUUUGUUGUGCGUAAUGACUCGCAGCUUUUCAACGCUCGAACUUUGACAUUGGUGUAUGGAGAGCAUGCCGUGACAAAACAAUUUAUUGAAAACAAUAAUGACUCAAGAUAUCUUGAUAAUGAAAGAGCAGUUCUUAAUAAGUUAUGUUCAUUGUAUGCCGCUGUGAAUAUUGAAAAAAAAUUAGGUGAUUUUUAUGCAGGAGGAUUUGCAACUCCUGUCAGUAAAAUGGAUUAUUUAAUACGUACGGGUAUAAUACGAUUAUGUAAAGAACUAGUAAAUGAAGCUGUGAGUUUAGUUGAUGUUUUGGCUCCACCAGACUUUGUUCUAAACUCGCCAUUAGGGAUGUCUGAUGGAAAUAUUUAUAAGCAUUUAGAAGAAGCUUUCCGUAAAGAUCCCGAGUGUUUUGAGCGACCCACAUGGUGGAAGGAAAUCAUGCAAUCUAAAUUGUGAUAUAAUUGGUGCAAUGGAUCCGUAAUAAUGAAUAAACUCAAUGGUAUUUUAUUAAAAAUUUACAAAGAUUUUAAAAAAGUAUUUAUACAUUCUGUUGUAAUUUGUACAUGUUUACAAAUGGUGAUUUAUAUAAAGCUUUAAAUAUAAGUUUCAUAUUUUAAAUAUCA